AUGUUUUCCAACGUACCUCCAGGAAUAUCAUUCCUCAUCAAACGAUUCCCCCAGCUUAUUCUUCCUCCUAUAGUUGUUUUCACAGCAUUAUCAACAUAUCGUUCCUACGUUGACCGCAACGUGCCAUCGGGAUGGCUCUUGUACAUGCUCUCAUAUCCGCUGGCCUUGUCUGUUGGCAUUGCGUAUUCAGCAAUUUUGAAGCGUGUGGUAGCAGCUCGUAUGGGAGCAGCUCUGCUACCGGAGCCUCCUUUCAUGGAGGACCCCACACCUGGCGGGCUGUUAUUCCUCUACGGGAUAAUGAAAGAGUCCAAAGAUGGUUACAUAGGUCAGGCAGUGACAAAUCGACUUCGUUCGACUGGGCCUACGUUCAAUUUGAGGAUAUUCUUUGAGGAUCGGCUUGUCACGUCAGAACCUAGUCAUAUAAAGUCCCUUUUAGCCACUCAGUUCGAGGAUUUCGAGAAGGGUCAAGAUACUCUCACAACUUUGAACUCACUAUUGGGAACGGGGGUGUUCGCCAACGAUGGGGACCUUUGGAAGUUUCAUCGUAGCAUCACCCGCCCAUUUUUCAGUCGUGACAGAAUCACCGACUUUGAUAUCUUUGAUCGGCAUGCCGACGAAGCGAUUCGUAAAAUGAAGGCGCGUUUUAAGGAAGGAUAUGCUGCCGACUUUCAGGACGUCGUAUCCCGGUUCACGAUUGAUUCUGCGACCGAGUUUUUGUUUGGGCAUGAUAUUGGCACACUAUCUGAUCCUCUUCCGUACCCGUUCUUCCAUCCCUCGCAUUCGGUCUCUAACGACUCCGCAUCUCCAUUUACACAGACUUUCAGCGCUCGCUUCUCACGUUCGUUCAACGAAGCUCAAACAGCUACGGCCGUUCGUAUUCGCUUUGGUGAUAUGUGGCCAUUGAGAGAGAUUUGGAAGGACAUUCCAAAGGAGAUGAUGAAGGUUGUGCACGGGUUCUUGGAUCCUAUCAUACAGCAAGGUGUUCAAAGAUCAAAGUUGACUCAAGAGAGUAAAGCCGCUGCGCUAGAGAUGGGGCAAGAAGAGGGCGAAACAGUGUUGGACCAUUUGAUCAAGCAUACUGAUGACCCUAUCAUCUUGCGCGACGAAAUAAUGAACCUCGCUGUGGCCGGUCGAGACACGACCGCAAGUUUACUAACUUUCACCGCCUACAUGCUGUCUCAACACCCUGAGAUUCUACGCAAGCUCCGCAGCGAAAUACUGGCUAUUGUUGGACCAAACAGGCGACCCACAUACGAUGAUUUCAGAGAUAUGAAGUAUCUUCGAGCUGUCUUGAACGAGACGCUGAGAUUAUAUCCUCCUGUGCCGUUCAAUAUGAGACAAUCGAAUAAACACACGACGUUGCCACCUAUCAACCCAGGUGACAAGCCAUUUUUUAUCCCUGCUGGGACUAGGUGUAUCUAUAGUGUGUUCGUCAUGCAACGUCGUACCGACUUGUGGGGUCCAGAUGCUCUGAAAUUUGAUCCAGACCGCUUCCUGGAUGAGAGGGUCCACAAGUACCUCACUCCAAACCCCUUUAUCUUUCUCCCAUUCAAUGCUGGACCACGUAUCUGUUUAGGACAACAGGCAAGUUUUGCAUACAACGAAACCUCGUUCUUCCUUGUCCGACUUCUGCAAAACUUCUCGGAUAUUGAGCUUUCAGAAACAAGCCAACCUCCGGAUUCUCGCCCUCCUGCUAGCUGGAAGAAGGAAGGAGAGAUCAAGGCAAUUGAAAAGGUGAAACUCAAGACACAUCUGACAAUGUAUGUCGCGGAGGGAUUGUGGCUGAAGAUGGGCGAGGCUUGCGCUGUCGAAGAUGUUUGA